AUGCCGACCGGACCGGAUGCCGGACGCCCUGCCGCCGCCGGCAACAAUGGCGUCAAGUCUGCCACCGACGAUCCCCUCGUGUGGAUCGACUGCGAGAUGACGGGCCUCGACCCUGACAAGGAAGAGAUUAUUGAGAUUUACUGCAUCGUCACGACAGGCAAUCUGGAAGUUUUAGACGACGGAGGCUUUCAUGCCGUCGUCCACUUGCCGCAGUCGCGGCUGGACGAGAUGGACGAGUGGUGCACUGCCACGCACGGCAAAUCUGGACUCACAGCCGCAGUCAUUUCCUCGACGACAACGCCCGAGGAGGCCGCCGAGGGCCUUUAUCGCUACGUGACGAAGCUCAUUCCCGAACGCCGCAAGGGACUGCUUGCCGGCAACAGCGUCUACGCCGACCGUGCCUUUCUCAGGCGCGGGCCCUACGCCAAAGUCAUGGACCACCUGCACUAUCGCCUCCUCGAUGUCAGUGCCAUCAAAGAGGCGGCGCGGCGUUGGAGCCCGAAGCAGAUCAUCACCAAGGCCCCGUCAAAGAAGGGGCGCCACGUGGCGAGGGACGACAUCCUAGAGAGCAUCGAGGAAGCGCGAUACUACCGAGACGUCAUCUUCAGGGCCGGAACUGGGACACAUUCGACGUGA